UUUUCUGUUCACAACCACAAAAGAUACAAUUUUUCUGGGUUUUCCUUUUUGGUUCUCGCAUCAAAUUGUCAAAGAUUCAACCCAAAAAGCUCAUCGAGAUGCAGGAAUUCAAGACCUUUAAGAAGAAAAAGAUGUGGAUUUAUUCUCAUUGAUUUCUUUUCCCCAUAACCCAGCAGAAUCCCAAUUUGUCGUCUUCUAUUACUUUUCUUCUAAUAAAAAUAAUGUCUCUUCCAUUAACCACCUCCAACGCCGCCGUUUCGUCUGUUGCCACUCUCAAGCUCCGCUCUAAAAUGCUGUCGUUUUGGUUCGCACCUACCACCCGCCCUCCUGGCCUUGACCCGUAGAAGUUUCACUCUUAUUUUGCUUUUAUCCAAUCUUUUUUAGUUAUAUGUGAAAGAAUGUGCAAUUUAUUCAUGCGGGGAUAAUCUAGAUUUUAAUUUUUUUGUUAAUUUCAAACACUUGAUAGCGCACACACAAAGCACUUGAUUUUAAUACAUAUGCUUGUCAUAUUACAUUGUGAUAAUUUUCUUGCAGCUUAAAUCUGUUGAAUUGGGAAAACAAAUAAUUAAUUUUGCAAAUCAACGCAUUAUGAUUGUGUUAGCUUUAUAUACGUGGUUAUGCAUAUAUACGCACUCAUAUAAUUUUUAUACGUUAUUAAUACGGUGGGAUUGAGAGUAUGAGUAUGUAUUAUAGGAACCCAUAUAGCUUAAACCAUAAAUCAGAUUGUGAGGGACUUCCAGGGAAUUGGGGAAGUGGGGCUAUGUCAGUUGAGCAAUCAUUAGUAUUGGACUGUGAGAAGGGGGAGCUAGUGAAAACUUUAGGCAAAACAGGGAAGAAGUGCGGUGUUUCAGAGGCGAAAACAGUUGCCACUUUGAAGAGCCAUAGCGAGGCUGAGAGGAGGAGGAGAGAGAGGAUUAAUGCUCAUUUGGUGACGCUUCGAGGUCUUGUACCUGGGGAAGAAAAGAUGGACAAAGCUACAUUACUUGCGGAAGUUAUCAGCCAAGUGAAACAGUUGAAGAAAACUGCAAAACAAGCCAGUGAAGAUUUACACAUUCCAACAGAUUCCGAUGAAGUGAAAGUUGAACAACUUGAUGACGAUGCAGUAGAUGGAUCUUUUUCCUUCAGGGCUUCUAUUUGUUGUUAUUACAGGCCUGAUCUGCUGUCUGAUACAAGGCAGUGUCUCAAUGUGCUUCCGGUAGAUUUGGCAAAUGUCGAGAUCUCCACUCUGGAAGGUCGGGUGAAGAUUGUGUUCUUAUUGACUGGUAGAAGAGACAACAUGAAUAACAGUGCUGAUGCUCGGGAACUUAUAGUGAGUUCGAUUCACGGGGCUUUGAGUUGUGUCGUGGAUAAGUCGUCCGAGUCAGAAGAAUUAUCUCAACUUACGCUUCCGCACAAGAGGCAAAGGGUUAGCUAUCUCGACUAUCCUUAGUGAUUUGUACGUCUUUAAGUCGGUGUGAAGUGAUGAAAUGCUGCUACAUGGGAUGCAUGGAAAUUGAAUAUUGAUAUUCAAAAAAAAAUAAAAAUUUGUGGGGGAAGUUUUGAAUCGAAUUUCGUAGCUCCAAGUUUCAUGUAAGCUGAAACGUGGGAUGAACGUUUUGGUGCUAUUUUAAUGUAUUGUGUUGUAUAUAUUGUGUAAUCGGUUCAUACUUGUGACACUGGAAUAAUAUUUGAAAUAAAAAAUAGAGGUUGACUAUGAACUUCUAUA